AAAUAUUAAUAUUAAAAUGAACAGUUAUUAUUUAUUGGAGUGAAAAAGAAGCAUUCCUGUGCCUUCUCUCUCCAUGCUUCAAAAGUUCAAAUUAUUAGCUUUGGCUAGUUUAAAGUUUUAAUCAUGGUGAUCCUUUGAGGUCCAUUUUGCCAUCACAACUCCACCAACUGGAAUCAUCAUCACUGUGGACAUUUUCUCACAGUGAGUGAUUCCACUUCAAUUCCACCACCCAAAUAAGUUGUGAGCAAAAGACUCCAUUUUGAAGGCUAAAAUAGAAAUGGGUCAUGCAGUGUUGAUUUUGGUGGUGGUGAUUUCCAGCAUUGUGUUAUGCCCUUCUUCUCUUGCUCUAACGCAAGACGGAUUGACAUUGUUGGAGGUCAAAAGCACUUUGAAUGACACAAGGAAUUUUCUCAGCAACUGGAGAAAGUCUGGUGAAACUCACUGUACAUGGACUGGUAUCACUUGUCAUCCUGGGGAACAACGAGUUCGCUCAAUGUAUAAAUUUACCUUACAUGCAGCUGGGGGGGAUUAUAUCUCCCAGCAUUGGCAAACUCAGUAGACUGCAUAGACUGGCACUUCAUCAAAAUGGCUUACAUGGAAUUAUUCCAAACGAAAUUAGCAAUUGUACUGAGCUUAGAGCACUGUACUUGAGAGCUAAUUAUUUACAAGGAGGCAUCCCAUCAAAUAUUGGAAAUCUUUCCUUUUUGCAUGUAUUGGAUUUAUCAAGCAACUCAUUGAAGGGUGCUAUACCUUCUUCUAUUGGCCGUCUUACACAGUUGCGAGUUCUGAACUUGUCAACAAAUUUCUUUUCUGGCGAAAUCCCUGACAUUGGAGUACUGAGCACCUUUGGGAACAAUGCGUUUAUUGGGAAUUUAGAUCUUUGCGGGAGGCAAGUUCAGAAACCAUGCCGGACAUCACUUGGUUUCCCAGUGGUGCUACCACAUGCUGAAAGUGAUGAAGCUGAAGUCCCUGACAAAAGAUCUUCACAUUAUGUGAAAUGGGUGCUAGUUGGUGCAAUAACUAUAAUGGGCCUUGCACUUGUUAUGACACUUUCAUUACUAUGGAUUUGUUUGCUAUCAAAGAAGGAAAGAGCUGCCAGGAGAUACAUAGAAGUGAAGGAUCAAAUCAAUCCAGAAUCAAGUAGGAAGAAUGACGGUACAAAACUCAUCACAUUCCAUGGUGAUCUGCCGUACACAUCAUUGGAGAUCAUUGAAAAGUUGGAGUCUCUUGAUGAAGAUGAUGUGGUAGGGUCUGGAGGAUUUGGUACCGUUUACCGAAUGGUGAUGAAUGAUUGUGGUACAUUUGCUGUUAAGCGGAUUGAUAGAAGCCGUGAAGGUUCUGAUCAGGGUUUCGAAAGGGAACUAGAAAUAUUGGGUAGUAUCAAGCACAUUAAUCUAGUUAACCUGCGUGGUUACUGCAGACUCCCUUCUACUAAGCUUCUAAUCUAUGAUUAUUUGGCCAUGGGAAGUUUAGAUGAUCUCUUGCAUGAAAAUACUGAGCAAUCACUGAAUUGGAGUACUCGCCUAAAGAUAGCCCUCGGUUCUGCCAGGGGAUUGACUUACUUGCACCAUGACUGCUGCCCGAAAAUCGUGCAUCGCGACAUAAAAUCCAGCAACAUCCUUCUUGAUGAGAACAUGGAGCCUCGUGUCUCUGAUUUUGGUCUUGCAAAACUUUUGGUAGAUGAAGAUGCCCAUGUUACAACAGUGGUUGCUGGCACAUUUGGCUAUCUAGCACCAGAGUAUCUACAAAGUGGGAGAGCCACUGAGAAGUCAGAUGUUUAUAGUUUUGGAGUUCUAUUGCUAGAACUUGUAACAGGAAAGAGACCUACAGAUCCUUCCUUUGCAAGCAGAGGUGUAAAUGUAGUUGGCUGGAUGAACACAUUCCUCAAAGAAAAUAGAUUGGAAGAUGUAGUAGACAAAAGAUGCAUUGAUGCAGAUUUGGAAUCUGUUGAAGUAAUUCUUGAACUAGCAGCAAGUUGCACUGAUGCAAACGCGGAUGAACGUCCGUCGAUGAACCAAGUGUUACAGAUACUGGAACAAGAGGUUAUGUCUCCAUGCCCAAGUGAUUUUUAUGAGUCACAAUCAGAUCACUGUUAAAUGACUCAAGCAAUUGCAAGAUGCUAUGCUAACAACGUUUGGCAAGUGCUCCUGCCCCCCCAUUCUGUGGGUCUGUGUAAAUUUUUUGUUGUAGCAAAUGACAAAUGUGCAACCUCAGCAAGGUCAACAUUGCAAUGGCUUGGUUUUUGGAAUGACCUCCAUUGAAAUCAUUUUGGUUAAUCAACAUGUAUUUGUUGAUUACAAACGGCACAGUUAAUUAUUUUCUUAAUUUUUUUUAGCAUUCUGCAUGAUUACUUGAACUAAAAUUGUUAUUUGUUAAUGAUUCUUUGCUUAGAAAUGAAUUUAAGGAAUGACGAAAUAUCUUCUAGCUACUUGGAAUUUCAUGUUUAACUAGCAAGGGUUAAGUUCAA